CCCGGAACUGUGAACGCGAUCAAUUAGAAGUCAGAAAACUUUGAACGCAAUGUAACAUUUGAGUGUGUGAAUAGAGCUUUGCGAUACACCGCCGCGUUUCCCGGCGAACGAACAUCUAAUGUUUAUCCCCUCCGCUGAUCCGAGAGUGUGAUUUUCCUCCCGCUUUCAACAGGGUUGUAGACAUUCGACUUUCAAAAUGCCACAGCAAAAGGACAUCGUGAAGAUCGCCAUUCAGAUGCCGGGCGCGUACCCGCAGCUCAUUCAGCUAGACCAGAAAAAGCCCCUUACUGCAGUUAUAAAAGAGGUUUGCGACAAGUGGAGUCUUUCAGAUCCUGAAAACCACGCUCUCCAGUAUGCAGAUGGAGUCCAGACCUACAUCACAGAGUCUAAUCGUCUUGACAUCAAAAACGGCAGCAUUCUCCGUUUAACCAAAGCACCAGGUCGUUCUGCUGAAGAUCUGUACAAAGGCAUUCAGAGUUCAGAUGCCGGCGUGCGAUGCGACUCUCUGAAGGAACUGGCGUCCUUCUCCACAGACAUCACUUUCGCCCAGGAGUUCAUCAGUCGCGACGGCCACUCUCUACUGGUCAAGAUUGUGGAGGAUGCCAGCGAAGCUCCUCUCAUCAUGACACACACUCUCACUGCCUUCAUGGAGCUGAUGGAUCAUGGGAUUGUGUCCUGGGACAAUCUGUCCAGUGUCUUCAUUACAAAGAUCGCUAGUUUUGUGAAUAUGAAGGUGCUGGACGCGUCCAUCCAGCAGGUGUCACUGGCUAUCCUGGAGAGCAUGGUGCUCAGUAGCAACAGUCUGUUCAAUCAGGUCAAACUCGAAAUUACUCUGGAGAGACUCAUUUCUCAUCUGCAGGUAACUAAUCAACAGCUGCAGACCAAGGCCAUGGCUCUGUUGAUGGCUUUGUUACAGGCCGGUGGAGAAGCAGAGAGACAGGAGCUCUUUGAAUAUCUUGAUAAGAAACACCUGCGCCAGUAUAUUUACAAGAACAUCAUCCACAGCUCCAGUUCAGUAGGUGAUGAGAUGACCCACUACCUCUAUGUACUGCAGACACUUCGUCUAAACCUCUUAGAGCACCGUAUGAGGACGCCACUCGAUUCCUACAGCCAGGACCAGAGGGAAAUGCUGCACGGGUUGCGUCAGGCUGCGUUUGAGAUGGAGAGCGAGAGCAACUUGAGCAGCGAGAGACGACGCUCGCUCUGCGCUAAAGAGUUUAAGAAGCUCGGAUUCUCUAAUAACAGUAAUCCCGGUCAGGACCUGAGCCGCUGUCCUCCGGGACUCCUGGCUUUGGACACCAUGGCGUAUUUUUCCUCCCGUUACCCUGACGCGUACAGCAGAUUUGUACUGGAGAACAGCAGCAGAGAAGACAAACACGAGUGUCCGUUUGCUCGCAGCAGCAUCCAGCUCACACUGAUCCUGUGUGAGAUCUUACGCAUCGGAGAACCCCCCUCUGAGACCGGCUCGGACUAUCACCCUAUCUUCUUCGCUCAGGACCGACUGCUCGAGGAGCUUUUCUGUAUCUGCAUUCAGCUUGUCAACAAGACGUGGAAGGAGAUGAGAGCCACACAGGAGGACUUUGAUAAGGUGAUGCAGGUUGUCCGGGAGCAGAUCACCAGAACGCUGUCCAGCAAGCCUACGUCUUUAGAGCUCUUUAAAAACAAGGUGAACGCUCUGAACUACAGCGAGAUCCUCAAGCUCAGGCAGACCGAGAGGCUCCACCAGGAGGAGACCCUCGCCCCACCGGUGCUUGAGCUGAAGGAGCGUCUAAAACCAGAACUGCUUGAGCUCAUCAGACAGCAGAGACUGAACCGUCUGUGUCAUGGGACACUCUUCAGGAAGAUCAGCAGCCGACGGAGGCAAGACAAGCUAUGGUAUUGUCGACUCUCUCCUAACCACAAAGUCCUGCACUAUGGAGAUGUGGAAGAGGAUGCCGAGACGCCCUCCAUCGAGGCCCUUCAGGAAAAGAUUCCUGUCGCAGACAUCAAAAAUGUUCUGACUGGUAGAGACUGUCCUCACAUGAAGGAGAACAAGGGAAAACAGACCAAGGAGGUGUUAGAUUUGGCCUUCAGCAUUAUGUAUGAUGUCGAGGAGUAUAGUUUGAAUUUCAUCGCCUCUUCCAGAACAGAUUUUUGUCUGUGGACAGAUGGACUCAGUGUGCUGUUGGGUAAAGAGAUGAGCAGCGAGAGCAUGCGAAGCGAACUGGACAUUCUCCUUUCUAUGGAAAUCAAGCUCCGCCUCCUGGACCUUGAGAACGUCCCUAUCCCGGACAUGGCCCCGCCCAUUCCCAAACCGCCCAGCAACUUUAACUUCUGCUAUGACUUCAGCCAAGCCGAACAAUAAAACCCGGGUGGCCAGUAAGUGUUGGCGGUUACAGCAUUACCAGAAUUGAAAACAACUUGAUGCUGACAGUGGCCACUUGGCGGCGCUGCAGAUGCAAGUUUUGGAGAUUGGGAGCAAAGAGAUGGUAUUAUUUCAGUGCUUGAGAUGAGAUAUUAUGGAAAGUGAGAGCACUUUGAACAAUCAAAGAUGGCAGAAUGUCUGCUGUGAAUGAGAUGGAUUUACUUUGGGAGUUAAUGGAUUUUGUUCGCAUGAAGCUUACUUCAUUUUAACAUGCUGUUUUUUGUCAGCACUCUUACAAUAGACCUGUACAAUAGACAUUGUUUUCUUUUAAUUCUUUAGCGUUUAUCAGACAUUUUGAAACCAUACUAAAAACAUGCAAUGACUCUGAGAAGCUUGGUAGGGAGGAAACAUGCAAAUGAAUUUGUUAUACAGAUCUGUACUACAAUAAUUGAGAUUGUUGGCAUUCUUAUUGAGUCCCUUUGUAAAGUCAGAUGUUUAACUGACUUUUAACUGACAGUCACUAUGUAUUUUACUCUACGUACUUGAAUUUGAGUACACCGUCUGCAAGGUACAUCAUUCUUCUGCAUUUACGCACAGAUUGAAACUUUAUAACGUGUGGUUGGCAUUAAAAGAUAGGAGGCAUAGGCUUUAUCUAAUAUGUUUUCAUAGAUGAAAGUCUAUUUGAAUUAUUAGAGGUACAUAAAAGAUGGCGCACUUGACUCACGCACGUUCAGAUUUGAUAAAGUUUGUAUUGUAGGCUACUUAAACUGGCUUUAAGAAUGGAAAAUGGUUUUGUGAGUCUUGGUUUUUCAGUGUGCAGAUUGCGCUGUCAAAUUUUCUGUCAGUAUUUUGUAAGAUGCUGUGUUUUGAGUUCUCGGUUUUAAGAUGUAAUGGCAUUUUAUCAAUAUUAGGAUUUUAUCCACUUACUAUCUCGGUUAAAGAUCUGAUUGUGGUUGUAAUGCCACGUAACAAGCACUUGUUAAUAUGUAGACGCACAAUGCCCCAUGUCUCAAGCUCAAUGAUGUAUUAUCAUUCUGUGGUCGUAACGUUUGCUACAUGGAUUAAUGGAGCUGAUCAACCUUUGAAAGUGUUUCGGGAAAACCCUGUGCCAUAAUUCACUGAUUUCAUUUUCUAUUGUCGUAGUCACAAAUUUAAAGUUCAUCUAGUAAAAAAGAUCCAUGUACUGUAUUUGUUAUUCUGUGUAUAGCUUUCUAUGUUAAACCUCUGGUAUUGUGUAACAAUCUUGACGUGGAAACUUUACCACCUGAAAAUGGUACGCGGUAUUAAUUCAAAAUUAGUUUUCCUUUGUAUGGAAUUAAAAUAUAUUAUUGUUAUAGCCAUAA